AUGUGUUGCAACUACGGGAACUACUACGGCGGCUACGGCUGUGGAUACGGCUCAGGCUAUGGCUGCGGGCUGGGCUGUGGCUAUGGCUACGGCUCUGGCUACGGAUGCGGUGGCUACGGCGGACUCGGCUAUGGGUACGGCUCUGGCUACGGCUGCGGCUACGGCUCUGGCUACGGCUGCUACAGCUACCGCCCAUCUUGCUACAGGAGAUAUUGCUCCUCUUGCUGCUAGAAACCAACACGUGGAGAGCAUCAGGCUCAGAGCAGGCUACCGAGACACCCGUGUUUGGUGGAUUCCCUGACUCCCAUCUCAGACUCACCACGAGGCACCAGCUGCCAAACUGCCAUUGACAUCCUUGCCUGUCUUCCCAGAUGGUACUGGAGCCUGGAGAGGUCACCCGACCCCGUGUUUCUCAAAUGUCCAAAAUGAAUACUAAUAAAUGUGUAUGAUUGAG